AUGACCGGCUUACAGUUGGAACCUGGAAAACGCGUGAGCUUCAAUGCCCCGUUUCUGGCCAAACAGAAGACAGCGAUUCGUCUAACGAACAAGGAAAACUGGCCAAUCAUGUAUCGCAUUAGCCUUACGUCGCCUAAGCGCUACAACAUAGACAAAAUGAACGGUACUCUGGCUGUAGAAGCGUCCACGCUUGUGGUCAUUUACUUGAACGCGCUGAAGUUCCGCGAAGGUAUGAGGGACGUGAUCACCAUCGAAUAUUGCCGCAUACCGCAAGACUACUCCCUCAAGUUCGACGAAAAGUUCUUGUCCGAAAGUGAUGUGGUGCUCAGAAGGACGCUUCCCGUCCACUUCAACCUCUAG